UGACAUACAUGAAGAAUUGUAUCAGAGAGAAAAUAAGAUGAGUAGAUCCUAAACUGCUACACGCGUGCAAUUUGAAACUUUUAUUUUGAUUGUACAAGAAAAUUCAAAAUUUAAGAAGUAAAUUAAAAAAAUACAUUUAAAAUGAGUACCACUUUGGAAAAAAUAGCUGCUAUUGAAGCAGAAAUGGCCCGAACCCAAAAAAAUAAAGCUACUGCUGGCCAUUUAGGUUUAUUGAAGGCUAAAUUAGCUAAACUUCGGCGUGAGCUUAUUUCUCCAAAAGGUGGUGGUGGAAGCUCUGGAGAAGCUGGUUUCGAAGUGGCCAAGACUGGUGACGCUCGAGUAGGUUUUGUAGGCUUUCCAUCAGUAGGUAAAUCAACUCUGCUUUCAAAUCUAGCUGGUGUCUACUCUGAAGUUGCUGCAUACGAAUUCACAACUUUAACAACAGUACCGGGCUGUAUCAAAUAUAAAGGAGCAAAAAUACAAUUAUUAGAUUUACCAGGAAUUAUUGAAGGUGCUAAAGAUGGAAAAGGUAGAGGUAGACAGGUCAUUGCAGUUGCACGAACGUGUAAUUUAAUAUUUAUGGUAUUGGAUGUACUAAAACCACUGGGGCAUAAAAAAUUACUUGAACAUGAAUUGGAAGGUUUUGGAAUUCGUCUAAAUAAAAAGCCUCCGAACAUACAUUUUCGAAAAAAAGACAAAGGCGGUAUUAAUCUAAACUGUGCCGUACAACAAUCUGAACUUGACUUGGACACCGUUAAAACAAUUUUAUCAGAAUACAAAAUACAUAACGCUGAUAUAACUCUUAGAUGUGAUGCGACUUCGGAUGAUCUAAUUGAUGUAAUUGAAGGAAAUCGUAUUUAUAUUCCAUGUAUUUAUUUGUUAAAUAAGAUUGAUCAAAUUUCUAUUGAGGAAUUGGACGUAAUUUACAAAAUUCCACAUUGCGUUCCAAUUUCGGCACAUCAUAAGUGGAAUUUUGAUGAUUUAUUAGAACUGAUGUGGGAAUAUUUGAAACUUAUAAGAAUUUAUACUAAACCUAAAGGACAAUUGCCCGAUUACACUUCUCCAAUUGUUUUACAUAGUGAGAGAACAUCCCUAGAAGAUUUUUGUAAUAAGCUUCAUAGAUCAAUCGCUAAGGAGUUUAAAUACGCCUUAGUGUGGGGAUCCUCGGUUAAACAUCAGCCUCAAAAAGUGGGAAUUGAACAUAUCUUAAAUGAUGAGGAUGUAGUGCAAAUCGUCAAAAAAAUAUAAAUUUUCAAAUACUUCACAGGAAAAGUAAUUUUUUAAGUUUUGAGUCUUGUUGAUUUGGCUGUAAAAUAUUUUUUGAUUAAAUAACUUGAUAA